AUCUUUAAGUAAUGGUGGAUGAUCUUCGUCAAAGGAGAAAUCAUUUAGAUGGAAAGUGACCCCGAGUAGAGGGAAAUCCAGGAUUAUAUUCUUUCUGUGGGGGCUGUUAUCCUGUCGAACGUCGAUAGUCAUGCCACCGGGCAUAUCCAACAGUGUCCAGAGCCAAACUCCCUCAACGAGGACCCGAUCGUUUGGAGGCUGUUUGACUUGCCGCGCCCGGAAGGUGAAGUGUGAUGAGGUCCGGCCAUUUUGCGGCCAAUGCAUACGAGCUGUUGUCUCGUGUGAAGGGUACCUGGCCAGGCUAAGAUGGCUCCCAUACUCGCUCAGUGCAUGUUCCACAGUAACACACAAGGACGACGAAGAUGGGGGCCAUAGUAGACGAAUGCUGUUCACAGAAGAAGAACGCAUGCUUAUGUCAAAUCAUUUGACACAGAGUGUCGGUUACUAUCAUCUAGACAAGGCACUCGAAGAAGUUGAAUCAUCAUCUAGGGUACAGUCUGCUGUGACCGCCAUCGUUGGGCCAUUUGGGUCCUUCCAUGUGUCGGUGUUGAGCAGUUGUCCAAAUUCAGACCAAUCUGCCCGUCCUCGUGUAGUAAGUUCAAGCUCGCAGCAAGACUCCGAAGAUGAGAGGGCCAUCACCUCUGCCAGCCCUCUGAUCGCCCCCGACGGUUGGGCCCAGGCUACCUCUAAUAACGACCCAUUCGAAGAUUCUUCACUUACCUGGGGUCUGACGGAUAACGGUACAGCUUCCUUCACCUCUCCAGUGUUAACCUCGCUCCUCGAGAUGGAUGGAUUAGGAUCUGGCAACUGGGGCGUGGGAUUCCCCACAGAUUUCUUACAAGACGUGACUAUAUCUCAGUCACCCAGAUCUCUGCAAGUUCGAGGAAGCAUAAUGGACUGUGGCCCAAUACCGGAAAAUAUGCACUUUCUCUUGGAUCAUUACAAGAACCAAGCGGAAACCUCUUUCUCUCCUCUACGAGUGAGAAAACCGCCAUGGAGUGUCCUGCAUCUCCCCAGUGCUUUAUCAGCCUUCUCUGAACUCACAUUAUUCAAGGAGACUAACAAUGCCAAGGCUGCUCUGCUCUACGCAGUACUUGCGGUAAGUGCGUUCCAUCUAGACAAGGUUGUGGCUUCUGCUGGCAGUUCCAAUUACUGGUGGACGGUGGGGGAGGACUUGCGUCAUAGGGCAAAAGCCCAGUUACAGUCCUGCAGCUAUAAUGAGUUAGUCGGUCCAGGUCGCUCGAAGUACAAAGAGAUACUGAUGGCUAUUCUGACGAUGGUCACCAUAUGUGUCGUCAAUGGCCAACAAAAUGAAGCCAGGUCAUACCUGCUCAACGCAGAGCUGCUCAUCUGCACGAGAGGAGUAACAAAACAGUUUAAAUCUCGCAAAGUUAGAAUGCUGCAUUACAUCUAUCUCUUCCUCCGAGUAAUGGAAGAGAGUACAUACAUCUACCCACGAACCUGGCGGCCACUUGUCACUCCCGACUACAGCCCCUUAAUGCGCUUCCCAUCUAUUCGAACAUACAGCGUCGGACAAGGAACAGAUAUCGACACCAUCAGCGGCGGCAAUUUCGAAAUCGGUCUCUUCGGCGAAUCUUGCGAAGCCCCCACCUCCGAGACACUCUUCGAGAAAAUAUACGGAAUACCUGAAGCUAUUCUCUCCCUAAUAUCGCAAACAACUAGCCUGGCAAAUGAAAUCUUGGCUCUAGGCGGAGAUGAAGCCUGCCUGCCACCGGACCUCGCCCAUCGGAGCAAAGUCCUCGAGAACGAAAUCUGUUCCUGGGCGCCGCCCGCCAGCGUGUCCGACUACGAACCCAACAACGAUGCAAUUCCCGAAAACCGCACCAUAAUGCCGCAUCUAAUCCUCGGCAUCCACUGCUCACUGGUCAUAUAUUUCUACCGCCGAAUACGCAACAUAGCUCCCCUUCUUCUCCAAAGUUAUGUCCAAAAGACGAUUGAACAUUUGGAGAGUAACGAGCAGGCUAAGCUGGACAGCUCAGUGAUUAAUACAGGGAUUGUAUGGCCGGGAUUCAUUGCUGCGACGGAGGCUAUAAGUCAGGAACUGCAAGAAAGGUGUGAGAGGUGGUUGAGGGAGUGCGCUAGACAAAGCGGGAUGCGCAAUUUUGAUACAGCAGCAGAUGUUGCUAGGGAGGUGUGGAAGGCUAGGAAGGAGAGCAGGGAUAUGGGUGUUAGUUGGGUUACGUUGAUUAGAGAUCGUAGAGUAGCUUUAAUUUUGACUUGACUUGAUGGAUAUUUAGAUUUAUUGGGAUCAAAUUGGUUCGAUAGAUAAUAAUGUAAGAACACUUGCUGA